AUGAAAUAACACCACAAACAAAGGGGAUAUCCAAUUGAUGAGCCUGUUUUAUAAGCUGUGAUGAGUGUGGCUUAAAUAUAAAACCAAUAUCCAAAAAUGUCUGAUUUCAAUAAAGCAAUAAAUCUUAAUUCAAUUUCUAAAAAUGCAAUAUUUUUGAUACUAAGAAGUGCAAGCUUAGAUAAUAUACAUAAAGGCAUGAAAUAUGGAGUGUGGACUAGCACUCCAAAAUCUAAUGCUAGGAUUGAUGAGCUGUUUAAGGAAUCAGAAGAAGUUUAUUUAAUAUAUUCAGUUGUAGGCACUAAGGCCUUUUAAGCAUGCGCAAAAUUACUUGGUCCUUUUGACCCAACAGCUACAUUUCUUUAUUGGGAUGAACCAUUGAAAUGGUUUGGCUCAUUUUAAAUUAAAUGCUUAUUCUUGAAUGAGUUGAAGUAGAAGACACUUGAUGAAAAAUAACCAGCUCAUCUAGGUUCAAUAGUUUUAACAGAACAAACCGAUUGUACUGAAAUUACACAUGGAUUGGGAAUAUUUGUACUUUAAUGUUUUAAGGAUUAACAAGAGGAUGAAACAAACGUUAAUGUCUUGCUCCAAUAAUUUCAAAAUAUGGAUAGGAGAGAAGAUUAAAUCAAAUAACAAAGAGAUCUUGACUAAAAUUUCUUAACCCAACAAUCUCAUGAGUAACAGUUAUUUGAAAAAUCUCCUUUUGAAUACAAAAACUAUCAUAAGAGAUAGAACUAGUAGAGAUGGCAAAACAAAUAGGCGGAUCAAAUGAUGUACAUGCGAGCUUAUUAUUCUGCCAAUCAAUAGUAUGGAGGUUAAUAGUAUUAAGGCCAAAACCAAUAAAUGUACAAUUAAUAUAGAAAUGAUAAUAAACAAUAAUAUAAUAAUUAUGAUUAUCAAUUCUAUUAUCCUUAAUAGUAAUACUAAUAAAAUAAUGGCUAAUUUAAAUAUGGAUAUGAUUAAUAGUAAUAUAACUAAAAUCCUAAUUAUUAAAGAUAACCAUAAAAAUAUUAAAAGAAAUAUUAUAAUAAUAAUUACCAAUAAAAUAAUUUCUAAUAAGGCAAUUACCAAUAAAAUAAUUAUUAGUAAAAUCCUAAUUAUUCUGGCAAUAACCAAAAAUAUUAAAAAUAAAAUGAUGAAUAGUCUGUAAAUAACUAAGACAAAUAGUUAUGAGUUAUGAAUAUUAUUUUCAUUAAGAAUAAAUGUACAUUCAUUUAAAUUCAUUAAA